CUCUCUCUCUGGUCUCUCUCUUUCUGUCUAUCUCUGUCUCUUUCUGAUCAGUGUCUCUCUUCUUCAUCCAUACUUGCUUUGUGCUUCUGCUGCUGCAACAUGCUGCUAAAACAAGCAGGACUUUUUGCAUGGCGGUUGUGUGCCAUUUUUCUGGCUUUGAUCAGCAUCGUAACUGCAGAAGAUCCUUACAGGUUCUUCAACUGGAAUGUUACCUAUGGAGAUAUAUAUCCCCUCGGCGUUCGUCAACAGGGAAUUCUUAUAAAUGGCCAGUUUCCGGGGCCCGAGAUAUACGCUGUUACCAAUGACAACUUGAUCAUAAAUGUGCACAACAGUUUGCCAGAACCUUUCCUCUUAUCAUGGAAUGGGGUUCAGCAAAGGAAGAAUUCUUACCAAGAUGGAGUGUAUGGAACCACAUGCCCCAUCCCUCCAGGCAAGAACUUCACUUACACACUACAGAUGAAAGAUCAGAUCGGCAGCUUCUUCUACUUCCCAUCACUUGCAUUCCACAAGGCAGCUGGUGGUUUUGGAGCCAUCAAAGUCCUCAGCAGGCCUAGAAUUCCCGUCCCAUUCCCGGAACCCGCUGGAGAUUACUCUCUUCUCAUUGGAGAUUGGUACAAGACUAAUCACACGAAAUUGAAGGCUAUCUUAGACCGUGGUCAUAGGCUUCCUUUCCCUGAUGGUAUUCUAAUCAAUGGUCAGGGACCAAAUGGUACAUCUUUCACUGUUGAACAAGGAAAAACAUACAGACUCAGGAUAUCGAAUGUGGGUCUUCAACAUUCACUCAACUUCAGAAUUCAGGGCCACAAGAUGAAACUUGUUGAAGUUGAGGGCACCCACACUAUCCAAACCACCUAUUCAGAGCUUGACAUCCAUGCCGGUCAAUCUUACUCAGUCCUAAUCACAGCAGAUCAGCCAGCUCAGGACUACUUCGUUGCAGUCUCAACCCGGUUCACCAAACCAGUACUCACUACUACAGCCACCCUUCACUACAGCAACUCCAAACGUCCAGUUUCUGGCCCAAUUCCCGGUGGACCAACCACCGAAAUUGAUUGGUCUCUUAAUCAGGCUCGUUCAAUCAGGACUAACCUUACUGCAAGUGGACCAAGACCAAACCCACAGGGCUCAUACCACUAUGGUCUAAUCAACAUAACAAGGAGUAUCAAGCUAGAGAGCUCUGCUGCUCAAGUUAAUAACAAGCAAAGAUAUGCAGUCAAUAGCGUAUCUUUUGUCCCUGCUGACACACCGCUCAAGAUUGCAGACUACUUCGACAUUGAUGGUGUUUUUCGUGUUGGAAGCAUCUCCGAUAAUCCUACUGGCAAAAAGAUGUACCUUGACACAUCAGUCAUGGGAGCCGACUUUAGAGCCUUUGUAGAGAUCGUGUUCCAGAACCAUGAGGACAUAGUUCAGAGCUGGCACAUCGAUGGAUACUCAUUCUGGGUGGUUGGAAUGGAUGGAGGAGUGUGGACGCCAGCAAGAAGAAACCAGUACAAUCUAAGAGAUGCAGUUUCACGUUGCACCACACAGGUGUAUCCCAAGUCGUGGACUGCUAUUUACAUGGCACUUGAUAAUGUGGGAAUGUGGAAUGUGAGAACUGAGUUUUGGGCACGCCAGUACCUUGGACAGCAAUUUUAUCUGCGCGUAUACUCACCAGUGAAAUCUAUCAGAGAUGAAUACCCCAUUCCAGUGAAUGCCCUUCUCUGUGGCAGGGCUGUAGGCAGACAAACAAGACCUCUUUAAAAAAAAAACAAAAUAAAAGCUGGAGAGGAUAAGAGUAUUAGCCGUUACGAGUAUAUAUAUAUAUAUAAUUGACCUCAACUCGAGGUUCCCAUUCUUUGCUUUGAAGAGUUAUGCUUGGUUUUUAGUUGUGUAAACCUUGAAGUUUUAGCAGUAAAUUUCUGCAUUAGAAUUUGUUUAGCAUUUGAUUGGAUACUUCAAUUUAAUUUUUGCUUAAUAAAAAUUCUUGUGAUUUCCUCUAA